UAAUCCAUAUUAUUUCUAUCUCUUGUGCCUUCCUUUUAUUCGUGAAAAUACUUCAAUACUCUAUUAUCAUCAUCUCAAGGUUUUAGUCUCCACUCGGACGUCUUCAGUGAUUGUCGGACUCUUGGGCAGCAAUCUCAAUUAUGUUGUUUAAUCGGAAAUUCUCAAUUCUCUGCAUAUACUUAGUGAUUCUCGCAGCAGAUUUACCACACGCUGAGAAUAUUCCAUGCAAACUGCGAGAGUAUCAACAUGGAUUUGUUUGUGUAUGCGACAAAACAAACUGUGACUUUCUUGACGAAUCUGUUGAUAAUCCAAACGAGAGCGAAAUUGUAAUAGUUUCAUCGAGCCAAGCUGGACUCCGAUUUGAUGUAAGCAAAACUCUUUGGCCUACAAAUGCUUCCAAAAGCAUCAAUAUCAGAGAUCAUGGAAUGAAAAUAGAACCUAGAGUUCUUCUUGCAGGGGAACAGACUUUAAAUUUCCCAACAAAUCUAUUCGGAUUCUUCAGAUCUAAGGAUGUUUCAGUGAAUGUGGAUUUGUCCAAGAAAUAUCAAAAAAUUAUUGGUUUUGGAGGAGCUUUUACAGGAUCAGUAUCCUAUAAUUUGGACCAAGUUUCUGAAGAGCUUCAGGACCUUCUUUAUAAAUCAUAUUAUUCUCAGAAUGGGAUAGGCUACAAUUUUAUAAGAAUUCCUAUUGGUGGUUGCGACUUUGAUCUUGACGCAUGGGCUUACAACGAAUUUCCUGAAAAUGACGCUAAGCUGAAGAAUUUUACCAGCCUAGAUCCAAGAGAUUUAAAACUUAUAUCCAAAAUCCAAAGAAUGCAAAAAGUUUCUGGAAAUAGCAAUGUAAAAAUUCUUGCAAGUGCUUGGAGUCCACCGAAAUGGAUGAAGACAAACAAUGACUGGACAGGAGCUAGUGCCCUUAAAAAAGAGUACUAUCAAACAUGGGCAGACUAUCACUUACGAUUCAUUGAAUUGAUGUCCAAAGGUGGUGUAGAUUUAUGGGGCAUAACAACUGGCAAUGAGCCAAUGAAUGGAGUGAUUGGAUGGCUUUUUGUGCAUUUUAUGAGCCUAGGAUGGACAGCUGGUAAUCAAGGAGUUUGGGUAGGGGAUCAUUUAGGUCCUACAAUUAAGAAUAGUCCCUACAGUUAUGUUAAAAUUCUCGCUGGAGAUGAUCAGCGGUAUACUUUCCCAUGGUGGUUUCAUGAUAUGGAGAGUGCUAGACCAAAUGUGACAAGUUUUUUGGACGGUAUGGCUGUUCAUUGGUAUUGGGAUAAAUUUGUUCCGGCUGAAGUUCUCGACAGUGCCAGCAAGCACUAUCCUGAUAAAUUAAUUCUUAACACUGAAUCCUGUAUAGGGGAUAAACCUUUUCAGACUCAUGGGCCUAUCUUGGGAUCCUGGAAUCGUGCGGAAGAUUAUAUUUUGGCCUACAUCGAAGAUCUGAAACAUUCAGUCAAUGGUUGGAUUGAUUGGAAUUUGCUGUUGAAUGAAGAUGGGGGACCGAAUUAUGUUAGCAAUCACGUUGAAUCUCCAGUUGUUGUUAACAAAACUUCCGAUGAAGCCUACAAACAACCAAUUUUUUACGCUAUUGGCCAUUUUUCUCGAUUUAUUCCUGAGAAUUCUGUUCGGAUUGGGGUUACUUCGACGGAUUCUGAAGUGGAAUGCAUUGGAUUCCAGAGGCCAGAUUCCAGAAUUGUGCUAAUUGCAUACAAUAAGCGGAAUAAUGCGAUAAAUGUGAAAUUAAAUGUUCCAUACCGAUCAGCAUUAACCAUUACGAUUCCGGCUAAAUCAAUACAUUCUGUAAUUUUUCGUGCUGUACAGUGAGGGAAUGUUUUAGGUGAGAUUCUUAAUAAUCUUUUCUAUUUUAAAUUGCAAGACUUAUUUUAAAAUUCUUAGUUACGCAUGUCUUAGGUGUUGAAAAAUAUAAAAAUAAAGGAAAAAUGUCUUCUGUGGAAAUAAA